AUGUCCGGCCCCAACCUACACAACGCCCUCCUCCGUCCGCCCAUUAUCCAGAUCCUACGCGCAGCUGGGUUCCACGCAACGCGUCCAUCAGUUCUAGAUACCAUGGCCGACCUGACUGCUCGAUACAUAAUGCUCUUGGCCUCCUCUGCAACCUCCCACGCCGCCAACGCCCAUCCCAAUGACCCUGUACCCGUCCUGGAAGACAUCUACCAAGCACUCCAGGAUGCCGGCGCAUUGCGACCUCAACUACGAGAAUGGGAAGAAUUUGCGCAGGGGGAAGAAGAUAUACGAGGCCUGGAAGGGUUUCUAUCCUGGUUUACUGGUCCUGCCAACCAAGAGAUAAGACGGGUGGCUGGAUUUGUUGCCAGCGAAGGCGACCUGGUUGAUGCCGACUCGCUCGAGAAAGAAGACUACCUUACGGCCUUGAAAAAAAAGCACAGCAAAACUGGGGAGGAAUCCCGAUAUGCGGGGACUGUGCUGGGUAAAGAUGCUGAAGAACAUCCUAUUGUCAUCGAAGGUGGUGUACCCAGCAUCCGCGACUGGAGCUCCCAGAUGCGAUCACGAGCACCGUACAUGGCCGACAGCGAUUCGUCCGGUGUUAGCAGUGCUCCAAGCAAUCUAUCCGACACGGAUGGCAUGGAUGUAUGA